AUGGCCGUUUUGAGGAAGCCCGCAGCUGCUACUCGCUCCAGCAGCAGCAAGCCGAAUGGUGCCGAAGUGGCCGUGACCAAGGUCAAGAAUGUCAAGAACAUGAUCGGGAAGAAGAAGACACAGCUUAGCAAGGACAACGGAGGCUCCGGAAAGGCCAAGAAGAGGCCGGCUGCCGCCUCGUUGCAGGAAUCCGUGAACAAUGUGAAGAUGGGCUCAAUGGAGACCGAGCAUAUCUUCGAUGACGAUGCGGCUUCCGGGGCCGCCGGCGAGGAUGGUGGCCGCAAGGAUGCCAAGCGGGACAAGGGCAAGGCCGAGAAGUUCAAGGCGAUGAAACUCGCCGGGUCCUUGCCGCCGUACGUGCUCGACCUCUACGACAAGGAGGCCGACAAGAAGGAGAGCCCCAGGGCAUUCAGAACAACCAUAAUCAACUCUCUCUUCAAAAGGUGCAAAAGCGGUCGCUACAGCCUCGUCGACAACUCCCCGCUGUUUACGGAAGCGAAGCGGGUCUUCGAGAAGAAGUUCGGUGUUGAUCUAAAGGAGGCCUACCCCCCGCUGGUUAUGCGGGGGUUGUUUUUCAACAACUCCCAGGCAGCGAUGGACAGGGCGAUGACCGCCGGCCAAAUCCAGGAGAUCAAGACCGAGGAGGGCACAGUCAUGUAUACCUUCCGGAAGGUGGCCACGGGGACGGAGAGAGGUUGUGAAACCGAUUUGGGCUACAAGAAGCAGAGGCGAGGAACACCGCAACAGGCGGCCCAAUUGGAGGACUUGUUCAACACCUUGGAGUGGUCGGUGGACUUUAAGACCGUGGACCCUUCGAAGAUUCAGCCAGAUGAUUUCGCUCCUCGAGACCUCGAUUCAGGCCACCAUCCGCCUUUCGAACGAGAGCAUGAAGCUGCUGAAGAAGAUUCCAACGAAUGGAACAACGAAUGGAAGAACCUGAAGGCUUGCUACAUGCAUGCUCAGAAGAUCCUGAGCGAUCUUCGCCACGUGAUGUCCUUCAAGGAAAUGCCGGGUGGUGAAACCAUUUGCAAGCAAUCCUUCGAGCAGUUCAUCAAGGUGGUGGCUCAGAAGACCCUCAGCCACAACGAAGCUGUGAAUGCAGGGAAGGCCUUGGCAAAGACAGCCAAGGCGGUGGUGUGA